CUUUGGAGGCAAAAAACGCAAACCUUUCUUUUGGUAGAGGAGAAAAAUGAAAAAGCGUAGAUAAAUUGGAUCGUGGGAGGUGGGUCCCAGGGAUCGGUUGAGAUGGUCCACGGCGUCGGAUUCUUGGGCGCUUUCAGACUUCAAGCCAAAGACAAAACGGUGCGUCUCUUUGCGGUAUAUACAAGAAAUUCGGUGUGAGUGUUAUAUACCAUAAUAGCUCUCUAGAUAACUAGAAAACCAGCCCCAAAACUCGAAACUCAAACUGAAACGGAAGAAUAGCAAAUGGGCACUCUCUUAAAGUGCUACAAGCCUCUUUUCUCCAUCAGAUUUUCUUCGUUCCCCAGCUCACUCCGCACAUUCCAACUCAGAACUCACCCUUCCAACAACCCAAGAAGAAGAAAUCCAAUCCGUCGCUGUUUCAGCUCUUUGAGCCCAUCUCAGCCGUUAAUCAAUGGCAAAAGUGUGGACAAAAGGAACGGCACCCGGCCUGCGAGUUCAUCAACAGAGCUGUGGCUGCACAACACUAUGAGUAAAAAGAAGGAAGUGUUUAAGCCCAAAGUGGAAGGCAAAGUGGGGAUGUAUGUAUGCGGUGUCACCGCAUACGAUCUCAGCCACAUUGGACAUGCUCGUGUCUAUGUUAUUUUUGAUGUUCUUUACAGAUAUCUUAAGCAUUUGGGAUAUGAAGUUUGUUAUGUUCGGAAUUUCACCGACGUUGAUGACAAGAUAAUUGCUAGAGCAAAUGAAUUGGGGGAGGAUCCAAUCAGUUUGAGCAGAUGUUACUGUGAUGAGUUCAAUCAAGAUAUGGUGCAUCUUCAUUGUCUGCCCCCUUCCGUUGAACCUCGUGUCUCAGAUCACAUUCCUCAAAUCAUUGACAUGAUCAAGCAGGUAAUUUCUGGUCUCAUGAUUGCAUGUUUUUUUGUUCAUUUUCAACAUGUCUUCUUUGGCGUGCCAUAGUGGUAGCUCUUGCAAAAGUUGCUAUCUGUAAUCCUUUUGCAGUGCAUUGGUUGCAUGCUGCCACUUUAUAUUUGCUUAUUACCUUGUCAUGGGUGCUCUUGAAAUAUUCAAAAGUGCAGGGAAUGAUGUAAAUAUUCAAGUAUUACAUCUCAUUCUAAAAUUCUUGGGAUAAACUCGUUUAUGAUUGUACUGUAUCAA